GGGUUACCAGUGCGCAUGUGCAGAACUUCACACGUGUGGUAAACGUUCAGUCAAGCUGCAUGCAACUCUGUUGGAGAUAGUACGUAGCUUCACAAAAGAAUACUUUGCGAAAUAAAUCCGUACAUUAAGUCUCGUUUUACUUCAGAUUUAGAGGAAACAAAUUAGGCCUCCGUGAAGCAUUUCGCCGAGAGGGCCGGAGAAGGAAAAAAACAUUAACUAUGGUGAGUGCUGAAAUCUGAAUGAACUUACAUGCUAACAAACAAGCUAGCUACACGCGUGCUGGGGAAAGUAGGUUAAGCAUAAAGUAACCUUUACCCUGCGAGACCCUCGCGUUUGUCAACUAAAUCAUAUUCCAACGCAAUUAACGUGGUUUCAUUGUAUUUUGUUUACCAAUAUUAGGCUGAACCUCAAGUGAACCCGAAGGCCUACCCACUGGCCGACGCCACGCUGACCAAGACCAUCCUGGACUUGGUGCAGCAAGCCUCCAACUAUAAGCAGCUCAGAAAGGGGGCAAAUGAAGGUAAGCUAUGUACUGGGACGGAUCACAAAUUAAGAAUUGGUUGAGAAGUAUGUGGCCAUUUGAUAACUUCUACUGAAUAUGUCCUCUGUGUGGUUAAGUUGGUGUGAAACGUGGUGCCAUCACAAGCUAAGACAACUACAAACAUGAUUUCUAUGUAAUGUUUGAAAUAUCAAUUUAAACAUUGACCGUUUAAACUAAUUUCACUUCUUAUAGUUUCUCUGCGGGAGAAAGUGUCUUGAUAAUGGAUUUCUUACUUUCAAGGGAUUACCAUUCUGCAGCUAUAGUCAAGGAAAUGAUGCAUGACUUUGAUGGGAAUACUAACCAUAGUUUCCUUUUCUCCUCCAGCCACUAAGACUCUGAACAGAGGCAUUGCUGAGUUCAUUGUGAUGGCUGCUGAUGCUGAACCACUGGAGAUCAUCCUCCACCUGCCUCUCCUCUGUGAGGACAAGAACGUCCCAUAUGUGUUCGUUCGCUCUAAGCAGGCUCUUGGCCGAGCCUGCGGGGUGUCUCGCCCCGUCAUUGCUACCUCAGUCACCAUAAAGGAGGGGUCUCAGCUCAAACCACAGAUUCAGUCUGCUCAGAUGGCUAUUGAGAGACUUCUUGUGUAAUUUUUGUUGCACUGAUAUGAUAGAAUUGUAUUGAAAAGAGAGGGAGAUCAAUCCCAGUUUUCCAUCUGUUGUCAAAUGAAAAAGAAAUUCCUGCAUGAGGAGAGAAUUUAAUUGUUUUUUAUAUUUUAGGACAGUAAGUUGACUUCAGUGUAUCAUUUUGGCGUAUUAAAACAUUUUUAUUUUAACAUGGAUUUUUUUAUUUGAUUCUUUGUGUUUUCACUUACAUUUUUAACCCUGUAAGUAAAUCUUUCAAAUGAGCGUAAUUGGCAUGAAAGUCAACAAAUAUUGCCAAAGCAUGAACAAUACCACACACUGAGCACUAAACAAUAUAUAUUUGAGUUAUACUAUAUACAGUAUAAGCCAAAAGUUUGGACACACCUUCUCAUUCAGUGUCUUUUCUUUAUUUUUUUUAUGACUAUUUACAUUGUAGAUUAUCGCUGAAGGCAUCAAAACUAUGAAUGAGCACAUGUAGAAUUUUGUGCUUAUAAAAAAGUGAAAUAACUGAAAACAAGUUUUAUAUUAUAGUUUCUUUAAAGUAGCCACCCUUUGCUCUUGAUGACAGAAGUAACCCUGACAAAGCCCACCUGUGAAGUAAAAACCAUUUCAGGUGACUACCUCAGGAAGCUCAUUGAGAGAACAGCAAAAGUUUUCAGCGCAAUCAAAAAAGCAAAGGGUGGCUUCUUUGAGGAAUUUAAAAUAUAAUACAUGUUUUCAAUUAUUUCAUACUUUUUUCUUACGCACAUGAUUCCACGUGUUCAUUCAUAGUGUUGAUGCCCUCAGUGAGAAUCUACAAUUUCAAUAGUAAUGAGAAUAAAGAAAAUGCAUUAAAUGAGAAGAUGUGUCCAGACUUUUGGCCUGUACUGUACGUGAUGAAAUACUGUAAAUAAUUAAACAGUCCAAGGUAAUGGAUGUGAAAUAGUAAAUCUACAUUUAAUUGCAUGAGUUUAACAGCUCAGCCAAAGGCCUUUUUUAGUAGUGAGAAAACUCAGUGUUUAUACAGGAAUAUGAAUUUAUUCCACUGCAAGUCAAAAUCCAACAUUCAAACUCUUUCAAUCAGUAGUAUGACAUGAAAGGUGUUCACUAUUGAUACAGAAAAAUCCCCCGAAUCGUAUUACUAUGGCGGGGUGGGCAAUCAUGUGCCAUGGAGGGCCAAAACUCCACCAGGUGAUUUCACUGAUUACCUUACCUCCAAGCAGAGAGCAGGGACUAAUCAGUGAAAUCACCUGGUGGAGUUUUGGGUUGGAAAGAAGACCUGCAGCCUCUUGGCCCUCCAUGGCACUUGAUUGCCCACCCCUGGCCUGUACUACGGUGUCAAAGGUCUGUUCAUUGAGUUAGGUUUAUGUACUGAUUGAGAUUGAGCCAUUGUUAUCACUUUUAUUUAUAUUUUCAUUAAAAAAUAUAUUUGUCUAUGAAAUGUUGCAUACUUGAAGGCUGCCUGUCAUCGCAGGGAAGAAAAAGACAAUUAAAUAAUAGAAAUCUCAAUGUCUUGGUAGCAUAAUGUGUCCAAAAUCAUCAAAACUUACCCAAACG